UCCCUGCUCCUCUCCGCUCUCUUGCUCGCUCUCUCCACCAAUCCCAAAGUAAAUACGAAAAUUCCUGGAAUCUCUUUUGUUGGAAUUCCAAACAGUGAUAACUAUACAAAGGGCCCAAGCCCACUUUAGGAAGGAGCACCAUCAUCAAUGCUCCUUCACAAAGCCUAUCAUCGUUUCUCUCUCCUCCCCUCUCACUUUUCUCCUCCUUUUCUUUCUCUUAAUAUUCCAUCAGCAGUCCAUGUGCCUGGGACUCUUGGAAUCCCUCUGAGAAAAUCUCCAAGGCCCAUGAAGAGCUUCACCACCUCCACCUACAGCUCCAGGCUUCUCAGGCUUGCUCCUGUUGCAGUAGCUGCUGAGGAUGGUGGGGGAGAUAGAAAUGGGUCUGUUCCUUCUCAAUCUGCAGAUGAAGAGAAUUCUUCAUUGGGGGCUGGUUAUCGCCUUCCUCCCCCGGAAAUUAAAGAUAUUGUAGAUGCGCCACCCCUUCCGGCAUUGUCAUUUUCUCCUCAGAGGGAUAAAAUACUAUUCCUUAAGCGCAGAGCUUUGCCUCCAUUGACGGAGCUUGCAAGACCAGAGGAAAAGCUUGCUGGCAUACGCAUUGAUGGAAAGUGUAAUACUAGAAGUCGCAUGUCAUUUUACACCGGCAUCGCGAUCCACCCAUUAAUGGAUGAUGGAACACUAGGUCCAGAAAAAGAGGUACAUGGCUUCCCCGAUGGUGCUAAGAUCAACUUUGUUAGCUGGUCGCGGGAUGGUCGGCAUUUAUCUUUCAGCAUUCGAUUUGAUGAGGAGGACGGCAGCAGUAAGCUGAAAGUAUGGGUUGCAGAUGUAGAAACAGGAAAAGCUAGGCCAUUGUUUCAAUCACCUGAUAUUUAUCUCAAUGCGGUUUUUGACAAUUUCGUUUGGGUUGAUAACUCUACACUAUUGGUUUGCACUAUCCCGCUUUCUCGAGGGGCCCCACCAAAGAAGCCGUUGGUUCCCUCCGGCCCCAAAAUUCAAUCUAAUGAGCAGAAAAAUAUCGUGCAAAUUAGAACAUACCAGGACUUGCUGAAGGACGAAUAUGAUGAAGAUUUAUUUGACUAUUAUGCCACCACACAGCUGAUCUUGGCUUCCUUGGACGGGACAAUGAAAGCCAUUGGCCCUCCAGCUGUAUAUACAUCAAUAGAUCCAUCGCCAGAUGAUAAGUAUCUUUUGAUUAGCUCUAUCCACCGGCCAUACUCCUUCAUUGUACCUUGUGGAAGGUUUCCCAAGAAAGUAGAUGUAUGGACGGCUGAUGGGAAGUUUGUCAGAGAGCUUUGCGACUUGCCCCUUGCUGAGGAUAUCCCCAUUGCUUUCAAUAGUGUGCGUAGAGGAAUGCGUUCAAUCAAUUGGAGGGCAGAUAAGCCUUCAACCCUAUACUGGGUGGAGACGCAAGAUGGAGGUGAUGCAAAAGUGGAAGUUUCACCACGUGAUAUUGUUUAUACGCAGCCUGCUGAGCUGCAAGAUGGUGAUCAGCCUGAGGUUUUACAUAAGCUUGAUCUUCGCUAUGGGGGUAUUUCAUGGUGUGAUGAUUCCCUUGCUUUAUUCUAUGAGUCUUGGUAUAAAACUCGCCGAACAAGAACAUGGGUUAUUUCCCCUGGCUUAAAAGAUGCGAGUCCACGGAUACUGUUUGAUAGGUCAUCAGAAGAUGUGUAUUCUGACCCUGGAUCGCCAAUGCUGAGAAGAACACCUGCUGGAACCUAUGUUAUUGCAAAGAUUAAAAAGGAAGAUGAAGGAACCUAUAUUUUAUUGAAUGGUAGCGGUGCAACGCCAGAAGGGAACAUCCCAUUUCUUGAUUUGUUUGACAUAAAUACAGGUAGCAAAGAGCGAAUAUGGGAGAGCAACAAGGAAAAAUAUUACGAGGCUGUUGUAGCCUUGAUGUCGGAUCAACAGGAUGGAGAUCUAUCCAUUGAUCGACUAAAAAUACUGACAUCCAAGGAGUCAAAAACGGAAAACACCCAGUAUUAUCUACAAAGUUGGCCUGAUAGGAAAGUAUCCCAAAUUACGAAUUUCCCCCAUCCGUAUCCUCAGCUUGCCUCUUUACAGAAAGAGAUGAUCCGAUACCAGCGGAAGGAUGGUGUUCAACUCACUGCGACACUCUACCUGCCUCCAGGUUAUGAUCCUUCAAACGAUGGGCCACUUCCAUGUUUGGUCUGGUCUUACCCGGGAGAGUUUAAAAGCAAAGAUGCAGCCGGACAAGUGCGUGGUUCUCCAAAUGAGUUUGCAGGCAUAGGCCCAACAUCAGCCCUUCUUUGGUUGGCUAGGCGGUUUGCUAUUUUAUCUGGACCGACGAUUCCAAUCAUCGGCGAGGGUGAUGAAGAGGCAAAUGACAGGUAUGUGGAACAGCUGGUUGGUAGCGCAGAGGCUGCAGUUGAGGAAGUUAUACGGCGAGGGGUGGCUCAUCCAAAUAAAAUUGCUGUUGGGGGUCAUUCCUAUGGGGCAUUCAUGACGGCAAACCUCCUAGCUCAUGCUCCCCACCUUUUCUGCUGUGGAAUUGCUCGUUCUGGAGCGUACAACAGAACGCUUACUCCUUUUGGUUUUCAGAAUGAAGACAGAACACUUUGGGAAGCUACUAAUACUUAUGUUGAGAUGAGCCCCUUCAUGUCAGCUAACAAAGUCAAGAAACCAAUUUUACUUAUGCAUGGAGAAGAAGACAACAAUCCAGGAACACUCACAAUGCAGUCGGAUCGGUUUUUCAAUGCUCUCAAAGGCCAUGGUGCACUGUGCCGGCUGGUGGUUCUGCCCUUUGAGAGUCACGGCUAUGCUGCACGAGAGAGCAUCAUGCAUGUUCUUUGGGAGACUGAUAGGUGGCUGCAGAAGUACUGUGUAAACAAUCCUGAUGUGCUUACAGAUAUUGAUGCUAGUAAAGCUGAUGAAUGCAAAACUGUAAAUGAUUCCGAGAACAAAGCUAUGUCUUCCAGUGGGGGAGGUGGGUCGUCUCCAGAAGGUCUAGAGCAGGAAGAAUUUCUUCCAGCACCAAGGUCAUCAUUGUGAUCGGACCUGUUAUAUACCAGCUUCUACAUGCAUGCGUCAAAGUAUCUUAGAGAUGAUAAAUACUGCAUCUGCAACGACAAUGAUCAUAUGGGUCUCGCCAUACAGCCAGUAAUGAUCAAGGAAGCGCUGCGGUUGUUCUGAUUUGAUUAAAAGCAACUGAGGUAAGAUCUGGUGAUGUUCUGAUUUGUAUUAUCAAAUAAAUUAUAUAAAUGAAUCCUCCCUAUUUAUGUACAAUAAUUUCCUAAUUCAGCCAUUUACACUCCAUCCUUUGGACAUUUUUAUACGUGAUUGCUAAAGUUAAAAAUUCUGAGUUCUGCAUCU